AUGGCGAGGAUGAGCGGUGGGCAGCAGCGCGUGCAGGCGCCGCGACGGAUCGGCGAGUACGAGGUUGGGGGAACGCUUGGCGAAGGGACGUUCGCGAAGGUGAAAUACGCGGUGCACGCGACGACGGGCGAGCCCGUGGCGAUGAAAGUGCUGGAUAAGGAGAAAAUUAUUCGGCAUAAAAUGGUGGACCAGAUCAAGAGAGAGAUUUCGGUGAUGAAGCUCGUCCGGCACCCUAAUGUGGUGCGGCUGUAUGAGGUUCUCGCAUCUCGCACCAAGAUCUAUAUCAUUCUCGAAUUCGUCACAGGCGGAGAGCUCUUUGACAAGAUUGUGAACAAGGGUCGGCUGGAGGAGGAGGAGGCACGGCGGUAUUUCCAGCAGCUGAUAGACGCCAUGGAGUAUUGCCACAGCAAAGGCGUGGCCCACCGAGACCUCAAGGCGGACGGCUUGCUCCACACCACGUGCGGCACGCCCAACUAUGUUGCUCCAGAGGUGCUGAGUGACAGAGGGUACAUCUGGGUCUUGGCAGACAUCUGGUCGUGCAGAGUCAUUCUCUACCUCCUCCUCCUCACCAGUCCUCCUUCCAUUCCUCCCGCCCUUCACAAUUCCUUCCCUCUCCCCCCUUUCACAUGCACACAUGCACAGGUGCUGAGUGACAGAGGGUACAGUGGGGUCCUGGCAGACAUCUGGUCGUGCAAAGUCAUUCUCUCCACGUCCUUUGAGCCACUUUAUAGGCCUUCAGAGCUCUCCUCUCCUCUCCCCUCCCCCACACACACUCUCAGAGGCUACAACGGGGUUUUGGCGGACAUCUGGUCAUGCGGGGUCAUUCUCUACGUGCUCCUUGCCGGCUUCCUCCCCUUCGAUGAGCCUGACGUCCCUUCUCUCUACAAGAAGGUACCUGCUCUCUCUCCCUGCUCUCUCUCACUCACUGCUCCAUUUUCUCUUCUCUUCAAAGUCAUUCUCUACGUCCUCCUUGCUGGCUUUCUCCCCUUUGACGAGCCUGACGUGCCUUCCCUGCACAAAAAGAUCCAACGGUCGGAUUUUGGGUUCCCCACGUGGUUCUCUGCUGGAGCAAAGAGGCUCAUCACUGGCAUUUUGCAGCCCAACCCUAAACUGAGGUACCGGUAUCAGGAAAUAAAAAAGGACCCAUGGUUCCGCACCAACUAUGUUCCUGUGCCGGUCCCUGUUGAUACUGCUGACGACAAUAUGAAUGAUGUUGAUGCUGCCUUCGGUGCUGCUCCUGCUGCUCCUGCUGCUGCUGCUGGUGCUGCUGCUGCUCCUUCUGGUGCUGUCAAAUCCGCUGCUCCCGGUGGUGCUGCUUCUGGCGCUGCUUCUCGUGCAGCCAAGUCUGCUGCUGGCAGUGCUGGUAGUGCUGGUAGUACCCUUGUUGGUAGUGAGAAUGCGUCUGGGACUUGCAAAGGCAGUGCUGGGAGGCAUGACUCCUGUGCUCAAUUACAAGAGUGGAAGAGGAGUGGAGCACACUCCAUUUGGUGUGAAGAGUGA